CUUUUCGAUUGUUUUCCCGAUCCCCUCUCGCCUCUUCCCCCAAAUUUUGACAUCUAAACGGGUUUCUUUCCAAUUUACUGUCAUCAAGGGGGCUUUAGGGUUAGGGUUUUAUCACAAAUUGUUCUUCUAGAUACGAUUUCCUUGAAUUGUAUCGAGAAUGUAUGCUGAUCGGGUGGAGACUGCGCCAAAGAGUUCGAUUAAAGACCGUCUUAAUGGCGGAGCCCUAGAUAAUUCCCGCAGCCGUAGACAAAUUACUGGCAAGAGGCAGAGGCAAAAUGAUGACAAGUGGGAGCAUGAUCUUUACGAACAGGCAGAUCCGCAAAUAUCAAAUCGCAGAGUUGGUGUCCUUGACCUCCGCUUGAAGCUCCAGAAGAAGAGUAAUCAGCAGGCAACUCAAGGUGCUAGGGGACCAUUAUCAGGAGGUGUAAGAGAUCUGCGUGAAAAGCUGUCAGGUAUAACCUAUUCACUGCCAGCAGUAACUGUUCAGGCAAAGCCAAAAUCGGUACCAGAGAGCAGUAAAUCUACUAGGAGAAGUGUUGUUGCAGAAGCCCCUGUAGCAGAGACUAAAAAAGUUGCUAACAUUGCUUCUAAGAAAAAAAAGGCUGAAACAGUAGACACCUUCUUGCAGGCACUGGGUCUUGAAAAGUAUUCAAUUACAUUUCAAGCAGAGGAAGUUGAUAUGACUGCCCUUCUACACAUGACUGAUGAAGAUCUAAAGGCCAUAGGAAUACCAAUGGGUCCACGAAAGAAGAUCCUUCUGGCAUUGGAAUCUAAAGCAUGAGCGGGCUCGUGUGCUUUGAACUGGUACGAGACUAUUUGUAACUUUUCGUGGGUUAAUUUUUGUUCUCGAUUGUAUUUUGAUGGAAGUGAUCGCGUAUGAGAAGAGGAUUCAUAGGAUUAGAACUGUGUAAUGAAUUUCCUGCCUUACUAUAUAAAGUUCUCUAAAUUCAUCCACGGCGC